AUGGGUCCCUGUACGGCCUCCCAUUGCUGCUGUUUCCAUCGCCACACUCUGCCAUGUGCCACUUUCAGGUCUCCUCACACUCCUGCUGGUUUCCAUUUUGUCAUAGGUUGCUGUAUGGCCUCCCAUUGCUGCUGCCUCCACCGCCACACUGUGGCUCCAAACACUGGUUUUGGCCCCGUGACUGGCCAAAUGAGUGAAAUGUGCGGUGAUUCUAAGAUCGACGGCACUCAUCUGCAUGUCAUACUGACUGACAGUAUUAUUUCUCUUCCCCAGCAGACUCCAAGGGCAUUUAAAUUAAAGGUACAGUGUUCUGCACUAAUAUUA